GACCGGAAAGACGGAAAGACGGGGGAUCCCGGCCCAGCACGCCCAUUUAUUGACCCAAAUCUCGGCCUGUUUGCUGCGCGCAAUGGCAAAGACGUACGAUUACCUCUUUAAACUGUUGCUUAUCGGUGACAGCGGCGUGGGCAAGACGUGUCUGCUGUUUCGAUUCAGCGAAGACUCUUUCAAUACCACCUUCAUAUCCACCAUAGGCAUAGACUUCAAAAUCAGAACAAUAGAGUUGGACGGAAAGAGAGUCAAACUUCAAAUUUGGGACACUGCAGGCCAGGAGCGCUUUCGCACCAUCACGACAGCUUACUACAGAGGAGCCAUGGGAAUCAUGCUCGUCUAUGACAUCUCCAACGAGAAGUCAUUUGAAAACAUUAAAAACUGGAUCAGGAAUAUUGAAGAGCACGCCUCAUCGGACGUGGAGAAGAUGGUCCUGGGUAACAAAUGUGACAUGACUGAUAGGCGCCAAGUGUCCAAAGACAGAGGUGAAAAACUGGCUAUUGAUUACGGCGUCAAGUUCCUGGAAACCAGUGCAAAGACAAGUCUGAACGUAGAAGAGGCGUUUUAUACCAUGGGAAGAGACAUCCUGCACAAUCUGAGCUCAAAGACAACUGAAAACAGUGCUGGAGGAUCUGGAAAAGCAGUCAAGAUCACUGAGAAGAAGUCCAAGAGGAUCAAAUUCCUCAAGUGUACGCUCAUCUAGACCGCCCGGUGCACACGCUUGUGUGACUUUGCUCUUUUCGUGGGCGCUCUUUGCUCUUCAGUGUAACUUUGGAGGGGGCUCCUCAGUUUAGCCGGGGUGGGGGAGGCGGGAGGGGGACCUCAGCCCCAGCUCGAGCCCACGGGUUCCCACACACAAGGGCUCGUCUGACUUGAAGACCCUCGACGAGGAACUGAGGUCUGAAACUGUGAUGGUCAACUGUGAUGGUCAGUUACGACUCGUUUGUAGCUGACGCCUCCGAGGAGUCUUGUUUUCUGUUUCGACAUUACCUCACUUAUUCAAACCAUAGUGUUCUUAUACAUUUACAAUAACAAAUGCCUCGCAUUUAUUCACGUUGUAGCACUACGUUUAUACCUUGUGCCAUAUUGACCACGAGGAUGCUGUGCGACAUGCAUAUCAAGUCCCAGCAAUGAUUGUAUCUGUGUAUGUAAGUUCAUGACUCGAAGGCAUUAGAAUAGAUGUAUAAAUGUAUAAAGUUAACGUGUUGUAUUCAGUUGAAAAAAAAAAAAAAAAAAAAAUUAACUUAUUAAUUACUGACAAAAUAGAAGAGUUCCUCUGAUGGGAGCAGUGAAUCCAUGUUGUAAUAGCCGUUGUCAGUAUUUGCAUGAACACUGUUGGAAUAUUAAGCACAUUGUACACACAUUGUACACUACCGGUUCACAGUCUGCAUAGCAGAGUGAUUGUUCAGUACGUGUCGAAAGUUCAUGUCACAGUGCAAUAUGUGUUGACAUUCGCAGGGUUUCCUUCACAUUAAAAGACAAAACAACUGAGGAAAGGUGUUAUGCCAAUGAGUGAAUUGUUUAGACGGUUUCAGAAAUGUCUUGCAGACUGGUCGACAGUCAACUUGCAGGGAACAUAUACGUGGACGCCCAUUGACACGCAUUCACGCCUACGGACAAUUUAGAGUCUUCACCAUGCAAGGUUUGGCAUGCUUGAGACCGAAUUGUUGGACUUGAGUGUGCCGCAUGAAUAUCUGGUCUCCCUGUCAGCGAACAAAAAGACUAAUCGGCGUGGUUGCCCUAGCAACAUCCUGACCUGACCGCAAUGUGUGAGUGUGGUCAGGUGCACAGCUGUGGGAAAAAGCGGCUCCUGGUUUUAGGAUUGCGUUUAUGAAAUUGUACUUUUUCUAUUCUUGCAGUGUUACAACUGUUUUCACUUAAGUUACAAUUUCAAUCUUUGUAAUUUUUUAACUAGUCUCGUAACAUUAAAGUUUUUUUUAGUCAUAAUAUUACCCCUAUUUUCAUAACAUUUUCCCAAAGUAUUUUACUUUAUGCCUCUCUUUUGCAACUUUAUUAACAUGUUUUUUUCUCAGUAUUACAUUAUUUUGUAACACUACAACUUUUUUUGGUAAUAUUUUGACUUGUAAUAUUUACCCUUCAUUUUUAACAUUAGGACUGUUCUCAUUAAUUUAACUUUAGCUUUAUAAGAUUUAAUUCUUGAAAUAUAACAACUUUUUUUUGCAAGAUUACCACUUUUCUCUUUGAAAAUUUGGACUUUGUUCCUUUUUACAUUAAAAUCUUAUACAUUAUGACUUUUCCCUCAUAUUU